AUGAUCAGGUCAACCCAGAUAGCCCGUUUGGGCGACGAAUCCUCUCUCCCCGAAGUCAAGUCGCAAACCAAAAUCAUACUACGACGACUAAACCGCAACGCCGAACCCCAAGCCAGCAUCGAAAGCGGCAACUACACAAUCCACUACCUCAUCGCCAACGACAUAGUCUACAUCUGCAUCAGCGAGCGCUCCUACCCGCGCAAGCUAGCAUUCACCUACCUCUCCGACCUGUCCACCGAAUUCGCGCAGUCCUACCCCGCGCCCCAGCUGCACUCCCCAUCCCUCCGCCCCUACGCCUUCAUGGAAUUCGACACCUUCAUCACCCGCACCAAGGCCCUAUACGCCGACGCCCGCGCGACGCAGGGCCUGGGCCGCUUGAACGACGAGCUGCGCGACGUGACCAAGGUCAUGACGAAGAACAUCGAGGAUUUGCUGUAUCGGGGCGAUAGUCUGGAGCGCAUGGGCGAGAUGAGUUCGAGGCUUAGGGAUGAUAGUCGCAAGUAUAGGAAGGCGGCUGUGAAGAUUAAUUGGGAUUUGCUGAUUAAGCAGUAUGCGCCCAUUGGUGUGUUUGUGCUGAUUGUGCUGGUGUUUAUUUGGUUCCGGUUUUUUUGA